CGCAGGCUGUUUCCGGCGCGGUCUCUCUCCGUUCCUUCCUUCCUGCCUUUGGGACCCGGAGCCUCCGCCGCGCCGCGUCGGCCAGCAGCGUUCCUUUGGCCUGCGCCUCCGAAGCGUUCCCGGGAGCCGCGAUGGAAGACGAUCAGGAGCUGGAGAGGAAGGCGCCGGGACGGAGGCCCCCCGCGGCGGGCGGCGGCGAGCGGCGGGCGGCGCUGGAGCUGGUGCAGGCGGCCGGGGCGGACGGGCGCUGCGUGACCUUCGUGCUGCACGAUGAGGACCACACGCUGGGCAACGCGCUGCGCUACAUGCUGGCCAAGGACCCCGCCGUGCACUUCUGCGGCUACACCACCACGCACCCCUCGGAGAGCCGCAUCAACCUGCGCGUGCAGACGCGGGGCGCCCUGCCCGCCGUCGAGCCCUUCCGCAGGGGCCUGGCCGGCCUCCUGGGCCUCUGCCAGUACGUGCUGCGCGAGUUCGAGACCAGCGUGGGGGACUUCCGGGAGAGGACGGCCGGCGGCGGCGGGGACGAGUCGCAAGCGCGAGUGUGAACAGGCCCCAGGCUCCUUCUGUCACCAUGUGCCCUGACCCCGCCCUGCGAGCACAUUGGCCCAAUAAACCACGUCUCAGGUUCAACCCCCCCCAAAAAAAACUGCAGUUUCCAUAACUGUUUAGAAUAAUGGAGUAAAACAUUAUGCUUGAAACAGAUAAUAAAAUUACUAUGUGUAGAUGAACGCUAUCAUAUAUUUUAUAUGAUAUUUGAAUUGUAAUAAAUCAUACAUAUAAUAUAUCAGAACCAUAGUUACUUUCUAGAAUGGACCUCCCAUUUUUAAUUAAAAACCUUUUCUGUAAUAUGUCUAGACUUUUUCUUGGUAACGUUAGGACGAUUUUCAGUCAAUACUUUUCAUACCUACUAUUAUUGGCCCUGUUCCAAAGUGUUUCUCAGAGUGGAGACUAAGAUAACCUAUGAAAAGCACUUUGCAUUCUUCACAGUAGCAAUAUAGCAGCUGCUUUACUGUCAUAGUCAUGAAGCCUAAUCAUAAAUGACACAGUAAUGUUUUUAUGACUUUCUGCCAUCAAACAGAAUACAGCGUGAUAACUGGUACAAGGGAAAAGCGCAGAAGAUACAUUGAACAUAGACUAGACUGGAGCCUAACUGGCCUGGGGGAAAUAAUAAAGACUUCUCUGAAAAGAUGUGCUUGUCCUGAAUCCACAGGCCAUGCCUUCUGUUUUGCUUGGUGCUUCGCAUUUCCACCACUCUUACGUAUCAGUGGUCAGUAGGCAUCACCAUA